AUGCAGACGGUCAUUCAACAAAUUCAUCAGGCCAAUUUGAAGGCCGUCCUGCUGAGUAGAAUUAAUCUUUUCUUUAUUAUAUUUAACUGUGUGGCGAUGCUGAUUUUUAUUGUGACGUGGUCCGUGUCGAUUGCAAAAGAAGGGGGUGGGGUACUGGCGCGCUAUGCGGCUUGCAUUAUCUCCUUUAUUCUCCUUGCCGUGGCCACGUUUCUCUCGGCGAUGGUGCACCGCAAGCAGCCACAGCUGCUACUGUACUACGCCCAUGAAGCCAUCUCGAUCCUUGCCCUCAUCCUCACCGCCAUCUCAAUGGGCACCAACGACGUGGUGGUGGACCUCUGCAACACGAAAAGGGCUCUGUCAAACACACAGUGCGGCUCGCACACAGCGGAACU